GCACCCUCUGGCACGCGUCCUCUCGAACCCUCAUCAUCCUCUAUCGCCAUUUCCCAUCUUCCUUCUCCUUGAUACUUUCUUUAUUGCCUGUAUUCCUGCUACGUCUACUUAUUUACUUUUCUGAGUACUAUAUACAUUUACCGCCAUCAUGUCCGGAAGCGCAUACGACAGGCAUAUCACUAUCUUUUCAGACCAAGGUCGUCUGUAUCAAGUCGAAUAUGCCUUCAAGGCCAUCACCUCUGCCAAUAUUACCUCGUUGGGUGUGAGGGGAAAGAACUGCGCUGUGGUGCUAUCUCAGAAGAAAGUCGCUGAUAAAUUGAUCGACCCCUCCUCCGUUUCGCAUAUCUUCCGACUUUCUCCCACUGUUGGUUGUGUCAUGACCGGUUCCAUAGCGGAUGCUAGAGCUUCCGUCGACCGUGCCCGCGGAGAGGCGGCUGAAUUCCGGUACAAAUAUGGCUAUGAGAUGCCCUGUGACGUUCUUGCGAAGCGACUUGCCAAUAUCAAUCAGGUCUACACACAGAGGGCUUACAUGCGCCCGCUAGGAGUCGCUAUGACUUUAAUCUCUGUCGACUCGGAGAAGGGGCCACAGGUCUACAAAUGCGAUCCUGCGGGAUACUACGUCGGAUACAAAGCCACUGCAUCCGGUCCAAAGCAGCAGGAGGCGAUCACUCACCUGGAAAAGAAGUUGAAGAACAAGGAUUACGCCGAGGGUAGCUGGGAGGAUGUGGUCGAAUUGGGAAUCACAGCUUUGAGCAAUGUGCUUAGCGUCGAUUUCAAAAAGCACGAAUUGGAGAUCGGUAUCGUUGGUGGCCCCCGGACGGAUGGCCAAGAGGGCACAGAUCUCAACUUCCGGGCUCUGACGGAGGAGGAAAUUGAUGAACGGCUGCAGGCGAUUGCCGAAAAGGAUUAAAUGUUGAAAGUACCUAUGAGCAUACAUGUUGGCAGACGCAAAUGAUAUUUAAUAGCACCGCAUUUUCUAUGAUUGUUAC